AUGGAGUCACUGCGCAAGUCCUUUAGAUCCUACGGCUCCUACAUGUACACGCCAGGCAGACGACCGGCUGCCGUCGACCCCAACCCCUCCGACCUCGAGCUUGGUCUCAAUGGUUCUGGCUUACUGGGUGAUUCAAAGAGUGACAGGAAUGAUGGUUCGAGAAUGCUGAGGGAACCCAGCAUUGAGUUCUGGAAGGAGAGGAAGGAGGAAGCUCCUGAAGAAGGUCCUGGCCACUCGCCACACUGGCUAGCGCCAGAUGACCCACCGUCACGGCUGAUCAGGUGGUUCCUCCACCAGCAGCGGGCCUCUGGCAACGUGUUGCUGGACAUGGACCUGGAGAUGGAGGAGCUGCGUGGCAGCAACAGCUGGUGGGACUUGCCUCCGGUCGCCAAUUCGCCGCUGGUGCCACAGCUGCCAAGGCAAAGCCAGGACGGCUCGAGACAGUCCUUCCAGCCGCCCAUCUUGACAGGGGGCGGGCCAGGUACACCACAAAGGCAGCACAAGGGCUCGCCCAGCCAUGGCAGAGAUGGCAACACUGUCAGCAACAGCGAAGAGGAGGCUGUGACUUCCCAGCAGAAAUCAAGCCUGCUCUGCACGAAAACAAGGUCGCGGCUGAUGGACCCGCUGGAGGAGCCUGACUGGAGGUUGAGCCGGGUUCCACAGUCAGGCCAACUACAGUCUGGAAUGUUGAGGGGGGCAGGGGAUGAGGAGGAGGACGACCUGUUCUCGGAACAAGACUUGCCAGAGGAGUUCAAGAAGGCAAAGUUCGGUGCCAUGACUCUGUUACAGUGGGUGACUUUGGUCUUGAUCAUUGGCGCUUUAGUUUGUACUCUUGCAAUUCCUGCAUUGAAGCGUAGAGAUCUGUGGAAGCUGAAACUGUGGAAGUGGGAGGUCAUGGUUUUGGUCAUGAUUUGUGGGAGGUUGGUCUCUGGGUGGAUGAUUCGAUUAGUUGUGUUCUUCAUCGAGAGGAACUUUCUGCUGCGAAAACGGGUUCUGUAUUUUGUCUACGGCCUUCGAAAUGCAGUGCAGAACUGCCUGUGGUUGGGUUUGGUCUUGAUUGCUUGGCACGCUCUCUUCGACAAGAAGGUUGAGAGGCAGACGAGCAGUGACAGGUUGAGGUACGUCACUAAGGUGCUGGUGUGCUUCUUGGUGGGGACUCUACUGUGGUUGGUCAAGACACUGAUCAUCAAGGUACUGGCAUCGUCGUUCCAUGUGUGCACCUACUUUGACCGGAUCCAGGAGUCUCUGUUCGAUCAGUAUGUGAUCGAGACAUUGUCGGGUCCGCCUGUGACUGAAAUUCCGAGGACAGAGGAAGAGGAGAACUUUGAGGCCGAGUUUCAGACUUCACAGAAAGCAGGUGCGACUGUGCUGCCAGAUCUAAAGGCCGCUGCUUUUCCAACUAAAAGUGGGAUGAUAGUUGGAAGCGGAAAGCUUCAGAGAAGUCCCCGAGUGAAGAACAACAAGCUUUCUCGAGGGCUGUCAGGAAAGAGCAUGAAAGGAAUCACAAUAGAGCACUUGCACAAGCUGAAUACCAAGAAUGUAUCUGCCUGGAAUAUGAAAAGAUUGAUUAAUAUUGUGCGGCACGGAUUUUACUCGACAUUGGAUGAGCGGAUACAGGAUUCUACUCAAGAGGACGAGUCAGGAACAAUGAUCAGGAGUGAAAACGAAGCCAAAGCUGCAGCAAGGAAGAUCUUUCGAAAUGUGGCUAAGCCUAAUUCAAAGUUUAUCUACGUGGAAGACUUGAUACGGUUCAUGAGGGUCGAUGAAGCCUUGAAGAUGAUGAGUCUCUUUGAAGGAGCCGAUGAAUGCAAGAAAAUCAGCAAGUCAUGCCUGAAGAACUGGCUGGUCAAUGCUUUCAGAGCAAGGAGAGCACUUGCCUUGACCUUAAACGACACCAAGACUGCAGUCAAAAAGCUGCAUCAGGUGGUCAACGCCAUAGUCGGUAUCGUCAUAUUGAUCAUCUGGCUUCUUAUCCUGGGGAUAGCAACAACCAAGUUCCUGCUCUUUCUCAGUUCGCAGCUCCUCCUUGUCGCAUUUAUUUUCGGGAACACCUGCAAGAACAUAUUCGAGGCAAUCAUCUUCUUGUUCAUGAUGCAUCCGUAUGAUGUGGGCGAUAGGUGUGAGAUCAAUGGAGUCCAGAUGGUUGUGGAAGAGAUUAACCUCUUGACGACUGUGUUUCUGAGGGAUGACAAUCAAAAGAUUAUAUACCCAAACAGCACUCUUGCAACGAAGGCCAUUGGCAACUAUUAUCGGAGCCCUGAUAUGGGGGAUGCGGUCGAAUUCUGUGUGCACAUAUCUACUCCUGCAGAGAAGAUUGCUGCCAUGAAGAAUAAGAUAACCAGUUAUGUCAACAGCAAGAAAGAGCACUGGUAUUCCUCACAAAUGAUCAUAAUGAAGGAUAUAGAAGAGCUGAACAGCGUGAGGAUUGCCGUGUGGUUGCGCCAUAGGAUGAAUCACCAGGACAUGGGAGAGAAGUUUACGAGGCGAUCCCUCUUGAUUGAGGAGAUGGUCAAGAUGUUUAGAGAGCUUGACAUCCAAUACCGCCUGCUACCGCUUGACAUCAACGUCCGUGCAAUGCCUGCCUCGAGUUCCACACGGGUUCCUCCAGCAUGGGAAAACGCUGGCUGA